AUGGGUCUUUUAACCGUCAUACGAAAAAUGCGCGCAAAAGAGCGCGAGAUCCGCAUUUUAAUACUUGGGCUCGAUAAUGCCGGCAAGACGACUGUUACCAAGAAGUUUCUGGGCGAAGAUACGAGUAAAGUGGAACCUACAUUUGGUUUUAACAUCGAGACAGUUGAAUUUCAAAACUUCAACCUAAAUCUUUGGGAUGUUGGUGGUCAAAGAAGUCUGCGCUCCUACUGGAAAAACUAUUUUGAGCAAACCGAAGCUCUAGUUUGGGUUGUGGAUUCAACGGAUCGAGAACGAUUACAAAUGUGUGCAGAGGAGUUAGGCAAAUUACUGCAAGAAGAAAGACUGCUUGGUGCCACACUUUUGGUGUUUGCUAACAAACAGGAUAUUCGCUCAGCGGUCAAAUGCGAAGAUAUAGCAAAAAAUUUUGAACUUGGACGCUAUCAAGUCGCACCAUUGGAAAAUUUACCCGUGCUCGGCAAUAACUGGAGAAAAUUUACUAGAAGCGAUGACAUGGCUCUGCGAAGAUGUUUC